GCAAACUCUAUUGAAUUUUUACCAUAAAUACGCAGUGAUUCUAUCAACAAGUCAUCAGUCCAUCAAGUUGUGUUCUUGGUAGAACGUGCAACUGCGUAAAGCCUAACAAAAAUGAUCAAGUUUGCCGUGGUAACCGUUGCCCUGGUGGGCGUAACUUUGGCCUUCGAACACUACGGGUUCGUCAACGAGGUUAAACACAUCCCAUACAAGUGGUACGGUGGCGGCCAGGGUGGCUUCGGUGGUGGAAUCGGCGGCGGAAUUGGCGGCGACAUUGGCGGCGGUUUUGGCGGUGGUUUGGGCGGCGGCUUUGGCGGAGGAGUGGGUGGUGGUUUCGGGGGUGGAAUUGGCGGCGGACUGGGUGGCGGCAUCGGCGGAGGCGAGGUAAGUUUGGAGCGACAUGGUUUGGAUUACUACUCGUACCCGAAGUACAAGUACGAGUACGGAGUGAAGGACUACCAUACCGGUGAUCACAAAAGCCAGUGGGAGGUUCGUGAUGGAGAUGUCGUCAAGGGCGAGUACACGCUGGAUGAACCCGAUGGCACCAAGCGUAUUGUGGAGUACUACGCCGAUGACAAGAACGGGUUCGAAGCCAAGGUGAAAAACAUUGGACAUUCCAUCGGUGGAGGACAGGGUGGCUUCGGAGGUGAGGAGGGUGGAUUUGGAGGCGGUUAUCACGGUCUCGGAUACAGCUACAGCAAACUGAAGAAGUACAACUGAAACUGUGACGGAUGCAGCAAGACUGAAUUUACUGAUGCCAAGUUAUGUAGCCUAGAUUUAUAAAAUUGAAAUUUGAUGCAUAAGAUCAUUUGAAGCAUUUUUACCGACAUCGAAACAGAGAUUGAAAUGAUUAGCUCUGAAGUUCCAGCUCACACAUUUGCACAUUAUAUGCCGUCGAAAGUAUGAACACAAUUUAUCUAUCUAUAAAUCUACUUCCUCUAUUGUCACAAUCCCGAGAUAGGUCCUGUUUUUCUACCAUAUUUUGUUCUACACGAACUCUCACCGGGGCCCUUGAGAGCUCUUGUAAUGUCAGGUACACAACCGUACUCCGCUAUUUCUGCCGUUGUCGCAAUGCCAUCAUA